AUGCCGCCUUCUUUCAAUUUGGGUCAGUGUGAGGCUGUUAAGUGUUUGCUGCUGUUUUUCAUCCGUGAGAAUAUGUACAUCGCUAUUUGACUCGGCGGUCGUUGAGAAGGAUGACUUGACAUCAAACUUGGAGCAAAGCUCACUUCACUCGACCGGUGACUAAAAGAGUGGACCAUGAUCUGAGGUGUGAAAGACUGCAUUGCCAUGUCUCAGUCAGAGUGUGAUGUCACUGUUUGGGACUGGUUAAGUGGGCUUCGUCUUGAACAGUAUUGCAAAGCCUUUCAGGCUGCAGGCCUGUCAGUCUUAUCAGAAUGCCAAAAUCUCACCCCAGACCUGUUGGAGCAAAUGGGAAUAUCUCUUCCAGGACACCGGAGACGGAUCCUGGCCAGCCUAAUCAAAACCCGAGAUGUACCUUCCUUGCAACUUGAGUCACAGUCAAUCUCUGUACAGGCUGUGAGAGAGGACCCAGAUCAACCUAUGGAGGAGAAUGGGCCUUCGAGUGGGAAUGCACUCUCUGUAAUUAAGGAAAAAGCUUCUCUAAAUGAAGCUGAGAAAGAAAAUGCAUGGACUCCUGAACCUGCACCCAGAGAAAGAGAUAAACCUGUCCCGAGGAACAGACAAGCAUGUAGGAUAAAGGAGGAAACUGGAGGAGCAGACAGGAUUACAAUAACUAUUCAAACUAAUGAAGUGGACGGGGUUGCAGAGAGAAAGUGUCCAGUUCCAAAGGAGAGGACACGUUUCCGCUCCAGUGCUCCAGUCCUAUCGGACUCUCAGUGCAGCUCCGUCAUUUUUCCAGCUAGCGAAACCUCUUUGCCACCAGUGCCCCCACGGAGCAACUUAAACUGCCCACCGCAACGCUUCACCGUGGCCUUGACACCCUCAGCACCAGUACAAAGCCCUACCUCACCUCAACACACCAAGUCCGCCGUCAAUGAGACAACUUUUCGGGUUCGAGCUUCGUCCUACAACUCAAGUCCAAACACAGCACAGGAAGCUGACCACCAAACCUGGGUCUCGCCCUGCCAAACUCAACAUCAGACAUGUUCCCUUCAAAUGCAUGCCCAGGAUUCAACACACAAUACAACACCAAAAAUGUGCCCCACGGGCCUCACUAUCACCCCCAGGGAAGAGAGAAAUGCCCCCCCUCUUCCUCCAAAAGUUGGCUCUACAACAAGAGUGCUCCCAAAAAUUCCAAGCAGGCAUCCUGCACUGUCUUCAAGAAUUGAAAGUGCCCCUUCCAGCAAGACUGAUGAAUUCCUUCAAGACCAAAUUCCAAGUGCACCACUUCGUACCAUGACUUCCUCUAAUCAAGAGGUUAAGCAGUCGAACGAACCUGCUCCUCAAGCAGCUCUGCUUGGUAAAGGAGUCUCCCACCUUCCGACUCAGACAACAUUGUUGCCACCGGAUAAUGAUUCUGAUGACUCUGAAGAAUCAGACGCAUGUUAUGCCAGGGUUCAUGCAGUGAAAGAUGAGAGGGAAAUGUCCCUGCAAGUACCUCUUUCAGCAAAGAGACGAUACGCUUCUUUAUGCAGUGAUGACGAACUAUUGGAUGAUGAUGAUCCUGGUGUCUGGGAAGAACCAGGCUUUAACAGCCUACAAUGCAGCAUCUUUCUGCCUAACACAAGCAGAAUGGAGUCACCUCCGAAAGAAGACAGCUCCCAGCUCGCAGCUGUCAUCAAGAUGGGCUGGCUUGACAAGAAUCCACCGCAGGGGGCCCUUUAUUAUCAGAGGCGAUGGGUAAAGCUUGAUGUUGACUACCUGAGAUAUUUUGACAGUGAUAAGCAAGUAUAUUCUAAAGGGAUCAUCUCGACUGCAUCAAUAACUAAUGUGGCAAGUGUGGGAGAGCUGAAGUUUGAGGUCAUCACAAGCAACCGCACAUUUAUCUUCAAGGCUGAAAGUGAUGCUGAGAGAAACGAGUGGGUGACGCUGCUACAGGACUGCACAAGGGGGCGCCAGAGGCGCAGUGCAUUGAUGCCUGGCUCACCUUUGAAUCCAGAGUUUAAAGGCUAUUUGGAGCUCAAAGGAUUACGCUCCAAACUCUAUACAGUUGUGGCUUCAGAUAAGGUCUUUCUCUACAAAAACAUAGAGGACUACCGUAUUGGAGUGGGAAUCACUUCAAUUGAGAUGAAUGUAGGAAAUGUUAAGGUCACUGACCGCCGAACCUUCGAUCUUACCACACCUUACCGCAUUUUCAGCUUUAUAGCAGAAUCAGAACAACUGAAAGAUCAGUGGGUGGACGCAAUGACUGAGGCCAUAGGAGAGGCUUUGUCCAAUAGUGAGGUCGCUGAUCGAAUAUGGGUGGAGCCAAGCAACAGUUUCUGCGCCGAUUGUGGAGCGCCGAAACCGGAAUGGGCUGCAAUCAACUUGUGUGUCGUGAUUUGCAAGCGAUGUGCAGGAGAGCACAGAGGACUCGGCCCCAGCAUCUCAAAGGUUCGGAGUCUGAAAAUGGAUAGAAAGGUUUGGACCGUGGAGCUUAUACAGGUGUUCCUGUUACUUGGCAACAAGCGUGUUAACAGUUUCUGGGCAGCAAACAUCCCACCGAGUGAGGCUCUGUCGCCCUCAAGCUGCAGUGAUGACCGGCGGCGUUUCAUCACGAACAAGUACCGCCAUGGCAAAUAUAGGAAGUACCACCCUCUGUAUGGAAACCAGAAAGAGCUGAAUAACGCAUUAUGCAUUAAUGUGCAGUGCAGUGAUGUGCUGGAGACAUUAAGCCUAAUUUUCUGUGGCGCAGAUGUAAAUUGUUCAACUGGCAUGGCCAGUUGUCCUACUCCUCUCUCACUAGCCAACACGUACUCGCAACCCUUGCAAGCUGUAUUACUGAGCCACAAUCUGAACACAGAACUUCCUCAUUCAGAGGUGGAUAGUGCCAUGGAAGAAGUGCACUUUCCAUCUCCAACUUGUGUGUAUCACAAUGGCUUUCUGUUCAAGACUGGAUCUAUGGCUCGGGCUUUUGCAGAGCGCAAGACCAGAGAGGAGUUCAGCCGUCGCUGGUGUACACUCAAUGACGGCAUUUUCAGCUACUACGAGAGUGACAAAAACUCUAAUCCUAAUGGGGCUCUGAAAGCGUCAGAAAUAGUUUGCUUGGCUGUGGACGCACCUGAGAAACAUGGGUACGAGCACACUUUUGAGCUCUACUCAGAAUCAGAUCGUCUCUAUCUCUUUGGCACCGAUGACCCAAACAGCCACAAAGAAUGGGUCAAGUCCAUUGCCAAGUGCUUCAUCCCUGCAAAAGCUGAGCCUUUAUUGAGGUUGGGCUUUGAGCGAAUUGGGCGACUGAAAUGUAAGGAUGGCCUGAACCUACAAACAUCCAAGGUGGGCUGGUUUGCCUUGGUGGGCUCUACCCUUCAUGCUUACCUGGAGGACAGCCAUGAAGAAGAGAUACACCUUCGUAAACUGAAUGAGCUCUCAAUCCAGCAAGAUAAUGAAGUGUUAGUUUUGGUGGAGCGAGGGAGAACGCUGUACAUAGAGGGAGAGAGGAAGUUGGACUUCACUGGCUGGUGUGCUGCCAUACAGUCUGCUGCAGGGAGUGGAGGAGACACUCUGAGUCAGCAGCAGCUGACCGAUACAGAUAUACCAGUCGUAGUGCACAGCUGUAUUGACUACAUCACACAGUGUGGCUUAACAUCCGAGGGGAUAUAUCGCAAGAGUGGCGUGAACUCGCGCGUUGCAGCUCUAUGCGAGAGAUUUCGCCAAGAUGCCCGAAGCCUCCGUCUGAAGGAAGGUGAGCACCAGGUGGAUGACGUCUCCAACACACUCAAGCGCUUCUUCAGGGAGUUAGGAGAGGGGCUAUUCACAUCUGAAGAUGGCGGCACCUGGCUUACUACAUCUGCCAUUCAGGAUGAAAGUAUCAAAAUCUCCCAGUAUCAGGCGCUUUUGAACAAACUGCCUCGUGUUAACAGGGCGACGCUACGGGCCCUUAUCAAUCACUUGUAUUGUGUGCAGCGGUUCUCUGAGCUGAAUCAAAUGAAUCUCCAUAACUUGGCCAUCGUGUUUGGCCCUACGUUGUUCCAGACAGAUGGAAAGGACUACACGGCAGGCCGUGCCAUCGAGGAACUCAUACAGUACUACACGCAAAUCUUUGAGGUGGAUGAACAACAGCUGAAGAAACAGUUGGAAGAGAUCACAGUUAUCAUUCAAGUGCGAGAAAAAUUGAACACAAAAUUUCCUAGCACUGAACCCGGUGGGCAUUUCAUCUGCACGGUUUACUUGGAAGAAAAGAAGGACACUGCCGAGCAACAUGUAAAGAUCCCCGCAUCUAUGACGUCUGCAGAAUUGACUUGUGAGAUAUUGGACAGGCGCAACAUUCCUGUUAAAGACAAAGAGUACUGGAACUGCUGGGAGGUCAUUGAUAAGGAAGAAAUGGAACGUCCUCUGCAUUAUCGAGAGCGAGUCUUACCCAUCCUUCACUCCUUUGGCACUGACUCCCAUCUGCUCAUCAAGAAACACAUCGCAAUGGAAGCAAUGAUGAUCUACCUGGCCAAUAAGGUUGACCCAUCCAAACAUGGCAUGAUGAAAUUCCGAGAAGAACGAAGCAUCCUGGGCCUGGGGUUGUCUUCCGGCAGUUUCCACGACCGAUAUUUCAUCCUCAACUCCAGCUCACUGCGGAUGUACAAGGAAGUCAGAAGUAACCGUCCGGAACGUGAUUGGCCAGUCAGGAACCUGAGAGUCUUCCUUGGUAUCAAGAAGAAGCUCCGUGCCCCAACAUGUUGGGGCCUCACUGUCAUCUAUGAGAGUAAGAAACAAGAGAAGGCUGAGCGACAGCAGUGGUAUCUUUGCUUGGAAACUCAGCCAGAAAUGAGGGAGUGGUAUGCUACUUUUUUGAGCAUCCAGAACGACGGCGACGUGUGGCCCCAGGACGGACUCCAGCCGAGCCGCAUGAGCCGCGCGUUGCCGGACACGCGUCACGGUAACGUGUCACUGAUACCGCUGCGUGGCAGUGAGAAUGAGAUGCGGAACAGCGUAGCAGCUUUCAGCCAAGAUCCGCUUGCUCUUUUUAGAGACGUUCGAUAAUGGAGGCUGCAAGAAAGGGCGGGUGUUUGGCGUCACCAGGUGACCUCUCCACACUCCAGUGACAUCAUCAGCAUGUGACACUGCAGACAGGAAUGAAGAAACUGGAGCAAGUGAACUAGACCAAACUCGAAUGGACAAGACGGCCAUUAUUCCCAGUGCAGAGUCGAAGCUUACACUUGAAUGUGCUUUCGACACUUUAAUGGCAUGUGAUGGUCUCCUGAAUGGCCUUGUAACUUGGCAAGAGUCAAAUACACGCAUGUGUGUGCGUGCGCCACGUGAUACCACAUUGGAUCUUGGACCAGAAGCAUUAAGACAUCUUGAAGGAAAUUUAAAUUCCCAUUAUGUACAAAGUAUUUGUUUUGAAGGAUUACCUUGAAGACACCAGUGUUGUUUUUUAAUUGUGAAUUCUAUUCUCUUGAUGUUUUUUUCUUCUUCUUUUUAAAUACAAAACUGUAAAAGUAAUCCUGCAGUGAAAAUGCAAUCAAUGUGUUUGUUAGUAAAACAAUGUGACGGCAGAGGUGGUCUCAACUUCUGGUAAGGCCACAUAUUGCAACCUCAUUUGAAAACAUUAAGCCGCCUUCCUUGUAAACUAAUCACGCGAUACAACUGUAAAGAUUUUUUUCUUUUUCAGUGAUUUAUGGAGCAAAUCGUUUAAAUAUUUGCCUGACUGAACUUGACUGGCCACCAAUUGAGUGUAUGGCAUGUGCGUUAGUCCCCUGUUGCGUACUUAUUUAUUUUGGCUACGACGGAUGCAUGUUUGUUUUUUGUUGUUGUUUUUUAACGUUAAAAAUUGUUUGUGUGUGUGUGUGUCUGCGUGUGCAUUGAAGCCCGACAGCCCUCGUGUCAAUUUAUUUGCUGCCAUGCGCUACAAUUAUAAUAAAUAAAUUGUAUAAAUCCUUCUCAUCCAUUUGGAUAAAAUGAAAGUUAUUUUUCCUGCUAAACUUAUCCAACGUCAAGUGUUGUAUGCGACUUGUGGCCUUUCUCUUAUGAUGAGAAUAAUACAGAUGAAUGUUACUGCCAUUCUGGCUCUUAUUUAUUGACAUUUGUUGGUACAAGUAGUUUUGUUGACUGUUCAAGUUAAAGGUCAAACUUUCAUAAGUGUACUUAACAUGAAUGCCCAUUUAAAAAAAAAAAAAAGAUGCAGAACUUAAUGCUUAAUCACUCUUCUUUUUAAUCAGUAAAUUGUAGACACUGCUGAGAUAUUUUAAUGUAUUGUCAAAAUAUAUACUGCAUACAAUGUGUACCUUUUUUGGAACUUUCAACUCUAAUAAACACUGCCAAUGGUGUGUUUGUGUUCCAGCCGGAGCAUAGAAUGACUCUUUUUAAAAGGUUAAUGUACUCUACCUGAUGGCAUUUUACUUUGUUAUUAAAACACAAAUUGUAUGAGGUCUCUGAAAAGCCAAGCUGGCCCUUGGGAACAUGUGCACACACAUAUGAUAUAUGCACAAUGUGACAACUGUUAACAAAGUUUCCUGGCUUUUUUUUUUUAUUGCCAUAAAGUGGAGCCUAUGGAUGUGCCUGAAGAAGGAUGUUGUAGGGAUGUAUGUAAUAGGAAGGCGUACCGUAAUCAUGCAAGGAUGUCGAGAUUUGUGCGUUUUGAGUGAUUCAUGGUGGUCCACUAGUUCUAUGGCUAUGGCCAUAAGCAGAAGUGACACAUCAGGGUCAGCGUGUACCUCAAGACAUACACCGGAUAGUCCCCGCCAGGGACCUGCACACACUAGGAGACCUUCACAUUUUCCACACACACAGGAGACCCACUGGGGUUAAACACAGUGGGAUGCAUAAUUGUAUGCGCUCGUGCAUUUCAAAUGGCCUUUACUAUAUAGGUCAUAGCAGCACUUGCAUAAAUCAGAGGCAUUGAGACAGAAGAGUGCUGUACAAAGGGGACACAAAUGGAAGGCAGAGAUAAAGUUAAAGCCACCUUCGGGGCACUUUGGGCUCACGUGGGUCAACUGGAUGUGCACCUGUGGGUGUUCGCGUCCUUCAUUUCGACUCAGGCACGCAUGCUGAGAGCAGUGUGGGAAAGACUCGUGCGGCCGUGUUGUGCUUCAGCAGCAGAUAUUUAGCUUUUACACUCAACAGGGUGAGGUGGAAAUGAUGCAAAGCUACCAUUGCUAGAAAUUGAAAAAGCCUGACAUGGUGUAAGUCUAGUUGUGCUAAAUUUGGGUGACAUUUGAACGGCUCUCAACAUCCUUUUUAUAUACUGCUAAUCCUGUUCAAGGUCGCGAAGAGCUGGAGCCGAUCAUGGCUGACGAAAACAGACCUAACACAGUUGUCAAACAAAAAUCCUCUAUUCCCACUUCGGAGUUCAGAUUUUUUUUUUUUUUUUUAAAUACAGCUUUAAUUAUUUCCCCCCUCCUCUUUCCGCACUGAACAUUCUUUGCCCAUAGGGCACAUUCGUGCUUUCAAUAAGGGUCUAGUUGUUGGUCCAUUGCCCUAUUUCAGCACCUGCUCUUCCAAAUGUCUGUACACGCAUUGCUUUUCAGUCUCCCAC